AUACAUAGAUCAAUGACAAAAUCUUCUCAAUCCUAUCCCAUGAGCGGCGGUGACGGUCAACACAGCUACAUUCAUCAUUCUUCGUACCAAAAAGCAGCCAUAGAUGGUGCUGAAGAAAAGACAAGGCAAUGCAUCUUAGAAAACCUCGAUGUCCUUAAUCUGAAUCCCGAUCUGAGUACUUUUACAAUUGCGGAUUUUGGUUGUUCUAUUGGACCGAACACGUUUCAUGUUGUUCAGGCUAUCAUUGAUACGGUGAAAAUGAAAUACAAACAAGUGAAGGAAAACAAUGAAGUUAGUAGCCUCAUGCCUCUUGAGUUCCAAGUAUUUUUCAAUGAUCAAUCCAACAACGAUUUCAACACACUCUUUAAAACCCAACCUCCUUCCUCUGAACGUGAAUAUUUCUUGGUUGGAGUACCAGGCUCCUUCUAUGGCCGGGUGUUACCACGAAAUAGCAUCCACAUUGGACACACUUCUUACACGACUCACUGGCUUUCCAAAAUUCCUGAGCACGUAGGUGACAAGAAAUCUCCAGCCUGGAACAAGAAUAACAUUAUCUGCAAUAAUUCAAUAGAAGAAGUGACCAAUGCCUACAAGGUCCAGUUCAUAAAAGACAUGAAGGUUUUUCUUGAAGCUAGAGCAGAAGAGAUAGUUCCAGGAGGAUUGAUGAUCGUUUUAGGACAAUGUUUGCCCGAUGGUAUCCCUUUUUUUAAGACAUGGCAGGGUAUUGUGGUGGAUACGAUCGGUGAUUGUCUUAUGGAUAUGGCCAAAUCGGGACUAACGACAGAGGAGAAGAUCGGGCUGUUCAACAUUCCUGUGUAUUUUCCACAAUUUAGCGAAUUGAGGAGAGAGAUUGAGAAAAAUAGAAGCUUUACAAUUGAGACUAUGGAGAAUGUACGUCAUCCAUUGGAGGAUAUUCCAUUAUCCCACGACUUCAUGAUUUCCAUGUUCAGAGCUAUUCUCAGCACGAUCAUAAAAGAACAUUUCGGAGAAUGUGUAAUAGAUGAGCUAUUUGAUCGGGUUGCUUCGCAACUCGUGAAGUACCCAAUUGAUAUUAAAAAGUGCGAGAAAGAUAUGAACUUUUUUAUAUUGCUUAAACGAAAAUGA